AUGACCGUAACCGUUCGGGAUAAGCUCUGGUGGAAGCAGGCCGUUGUCUACCAAAUCUACCCGGCGUCCUUCUGCGACUCCAACGGCGAUGGCAUCGGUGACCUCCCAGGCAUCAUAUCCAAGCUGGACUACAUCGCAAGCUUAGGCGUCGACGUCAUCUGGAUCUGCCCCAUGUACGACAGUCCCCAGGUGGACAUGGGCUACGACAUCUCCAACUAUGAGGAUGUCUAUCGCCCCUACGGCACUGUCCAGGACAUGGAGACGCUGAUCAACGAGACACAUGCCCGCGGCAUGCGCAUCAUGCUGGACCUUGUCAUCAACCACACGUCGGACCAACACUCCUGGUUCAAGGAGUCGCGGGCCAGCAAGGACAGUCCAAAGCGCGACUGGUACAUCUGGCGGCCAGCCAAGUACUCGCCGUCCGGCGAGCGACUGCCGCCCAACAACUGGCGCUCCAACUUUGGUGGCGGCAGCGCCUGGGAGUGGGACGAGCAGACCCAGGAGUACUAUCUGCAUCUCUUUGCCACCGAGCAGCCAGAUUUGAACUGGGAGAACCACGAGACAAGGAAGGCCAUUUACGCCUCGUCGAUGGAGUUCUGGCUCGCGCGCGGCGUUGAUGGCUUCCGCGUCGACACAGUCAACAUGUACAGCAAGCCACCAACUUUGCCAGAUGCGCCAAUCGUCGACCCCGAGACACCAUACCAGCCUGCAGGAAUGAUCUACUGCAACGGGCCACGCAUGCACGAGUUCCUAACCGAGAUGAACCUCAUCCUCGAAAAGUACGGUGCGAUUACCGUCGGCGAGCUGCCCUGUACUCCUGACACUCAAAGGGUCCUCCGAUACGUGAGCGCCAAGGCCAAGCAGCUCAACAUGGUCUUCCAGUUCGACGUGGUGGACGUCGGCAUGGGCAAAACGCACAAGUUCGCGACAAGGCCCAAGAACUACACGCUCCCCGACUUUAAGGCCGCCAUCGACCUGACGCAGGCCCUGAUCCGCGGCACCGACGGCUGGUCCACCGUCUUCCUCGAGAACCACGACCAGGCCAGGUCCGUCAGCCGCUUCACCGACGACCGGCCCGAGUACCGCGUCCGCGGCGCGAAGCUGCUCGCCUUGAUGGAAGCCUGCCUCAGCGGCACCCAGUACGUCUACCAGGGCCAAGAGAUCGGUCUCGUCAACGUGCCCAAAGAGUCCUACCCCGUCGACAACUACCUCGACAUUGACAGCUCGCUGUACUACAAUAUGGUCAAGGAGCGCCACGGCGCCGACAACAAGGCCGAGCUCGACAAGGCAUUCGACGCUAUCCAGCACCUGGCCCGGGACCACGCAAGGGUGCCCAUCCCCUGGAACGGCAAGACGAAGUACGGCGGCUUCUCUGAAGCGGCAGAGAAGGCCGGUAAGGAGCUACAGGAGCCCUGGAUGAAGCCUCACCCACUGGCGGGCGAGAUCAAUGUGGCGUCGCAGCUCCACGACCCGGACAGCGUGCUUGCUUUUUGGCGCAAGAUGCUGCGCUUUCGCCGCGAGCACGCCGACUUGUUAGUGUACGGCGACUUCAAGGAUCUGCGGCCCGAGGACAAGGAUCUCUUUGUGUUUGUCAAGGAACCAGCGCACGGCGGUGAUAGAGUGCUUGUCGUGCUCAACUUCACUACCGAGGAGAAGGCGUGGGAGGUGCCGAGCCCGGCGGCGCUCGGAGUUUCGGAGGUGCGCGAGCUGGUGCCCAUCAUGUGCACGCACCCGGGGAAGACUAGAGUUGGACAGCUGGCAGCCUUCGAAGGGCAGGUAUAUCUAGUCAGGUAA